AUGGCGACCUCCAAUGUCAGUUCUUGCAGAAUCGGUCCUUCAAUGUUAAAUGCGGACUUAUCUUCACUUGCCAGUGAAUGUCAGCGGUUUAUGGAAUGUGGGUCCGAUUAUUUACAUCUUGAUGUAAUGGAUGGCCAGUUCGUUCCGAACCUUACAUUCGGCCAUCCUGUUGUAAAAUGCCUGCGGCCGAAGCUGCCUGGAGUUUUCUUUGAAAUGCACAUGAUGGUUCAAGAUCCAGAAAAGUGGGUUGAACCAGUAGCUGAUGCUGGUGGUGAUAUGUAUUUGUUUCAUUUCGAAGCUACAAAAGAUCCUGAAUUGUGUAUUAGAAAAAUAAAAGAAGCUGGCAUGAAGGUUGGUUUAGGUAUAAAUCCACCUACACCAGUAGAAGUUGUUCUACCAUAUGUUGAUCAAGUUGAUCUUAUUCAAGUCAUGACAGUUAAUCCGGGAUUUGGAGGACAGUCAUUUAUAGCCGAAUGUCUACCAAAGGUUAAGUUUUUAAGAGAGAAAUAUAAAAAUCUUGAUAUUGAAGUUGAUGGUGGAGUUGGGCCCUCAACUAUACAACAGUGUGCUGAUGUUGGAGCAAAUGUAAUUGUAUCUGGUUGUGCUAUUGUGAAGAACGAGAAUCCACGUGAAGUUAUUAGAUAUAUGAGAAAAGUUAUAGAUGAUGCUUUACAGCAGAAAAGAUAACUCGAACAAUACCAUAGUUCAGCUUCAAAAUUAUCUUCCAAGAGCCAUUUUGAUAUGGAUGAAAGUUUUUAAAAAUUUUGACAGCUAUGACAUAAUCUUUAUUGCUCUCAUUUUAUUAUUUAAAUGGCGAAAGAUCUUUGAUGAUAUAUACUCUUCAGAAAAAGUAGGGGAUAUUCAGAAACAAUGCGGAAAUGCUGUUUUUAUUAGAGGUAACCAGUGUAUGUUAUUAACAGGCCAAUUGCCUACACAUAAACAUAAACAGUUCAUAUGGGCGGCUUAUCUGACGGCCCCAUUUCACUCGCAAAGAGAGACAUACACCGUCAAAAGUGAAAAUGGACGUUUUUGAUUUUUGUCUUAAUAAUGAGUAAUAGAUCCACCAAUCCUCAGACAUUCAGCAAUUCGUCGUGGCAUGCUCCUAAUCAACCGUCCAAUCACGAUUUGGGGCAAUCUGACCCACUCCCCUUGCAGUGUCACAGGCAAUUCUUGCAGUGUUGUCGGUUGACGUUGACAAACACGUCUCCCGAUGAAAAUAAACGUAACACACUAAAACAAAGAUACGCUAAACAGUAAAUCUUAUGCAAGAACCGAUAGGAAUGCUAACAUGGAUAGAUAAACCAGCACACGGCAGUUUUUAUCAACCCUUCCUUGAAGUGUCAAAUUUGACAAUGAACCCCUCCCACGUGUACGGCACUAUUGCGUGUCGCAUGUGCAGCUCAGUGGUUCUGUUGGGGCGAUAAGUUCUUCAUCUGUGAACAUACUCUCAAAGCAUGUCAAGUAUCCAUGACUAUUUAUCAUAUCACAACCUGCAUAGGUAUUUGCAUUUCAAUAUCCCCUACAUUUUUUUUGAAGAGUAUAUAUCAACGUUGAUGGUCGUUCUUGACUGUUCAGGAAACUACAAUCCUCCUUUUACACUAUUAUAUUUUAUCCUAUUGAGAAGUAUGAAUUGAGAUGCACAUUGUAUUACAGUUAGAUUAGCAUGAUUUUCUGAAAAACAUUUUGGUCUUAGCAUUUGUAAUUUACCAUCAUUUAUUCUGGUUGAGACUGAGCUGUCUGUAUAUAUUUCUAUGAAAUAUUUUAUGUCAAAUGAUCUCAAUAGUUCUAUUACAUUUAAUAUAUAUACUAUACUAAUAUACUUUAAUUAAAGUAGCUAAGUCUCUAACUCAAUAUCAUCCAAAAUCUUCGAUAUUGAAAACACGAUUUAUUUGUCGGUUUAAAUCAACAUUGAUGUUGUGAUCUUACCGGGAAAAAAUGGCCUUCUGAUAUCCAAUAAUUAAGACAAAAUAAACAUUUUACAAUUGGUACACGAAUCGUGUGCCAUAAUGUGUUUCAGCACUAUUUGUAAGAAGGUACUCGAAAAACGAGGCUAGGCAUAUUCCACAAGUCAUGUCAAACGGUGACGUUUUAUUCUUAUCUGGAGAGCAUGCCCAAUAAAUACUAUUGAUGUAGACUGGAAUAACCAGACGCUAGAGAUUGAAAUUCGAUUGAGAAUACUGGUGUAUUUCGCCGAAACUAACUGAUUAGAAAUUACAGAAACGAUUGAAUGUAAAUCAAUUUAUAUGCUUUCAUAUUACAUUAUUGUAUGCGUUGCGACCCAUUUGUGUCAAUUUCUAGGUCCCAAAUAUUAGCGACUUAGCUCCUUUAAUCUUUGAUUAUAUAAAAAUAUUCAUUAGCUUAUCAUCAUAUAAAUGGGGUCUUUAUUUUAUUAUUUUAAUUAAAUACGACUGGCUAUGACCUAAUGAGACACAUUGGUAAAAUUUUAAAACACAGCUACUGGUACAUGUAUUUAUAAAUUUAACUUCUGUUUCCAAAGACAUGUGCAUUAUCUUACACAAUGCCAGAGAUAUCUAAAAUGAUAUUCAUUUUUAGAAAAAAAAAGCAAUUGUAAAUUACUGAAAUAAAGAUAUCAAGACAAUGGCCAACAAAAAAGCAAGUGUUCACCAAAUAGAUUUGGUUUUGUUGCAUAUCUAAAAUAAGGGUGAUACAUGUACAGCAUGUGUCUUUUAUUUAGCCAGAGCUGGUCACAUAAUGUGUAUUUUAGUGUGAACUGUUAAUACUGGCAAUCUGAUAAUGUUUAUUUAAAAAUAUAAAUUAAAGCCAGAUAUUCUCUUCUGUAUGCCAUUGAUUUCAUAUUAUUUCUAUUUAACAUUACCUUACAUAGUUUUGGAGUAAGUACAUACAUACAAAUUACAAAGGAAAACCAAACAUGUAUCUGAAAAUAAAAUCCUUUUAUUAUU